AUGGACGUGUCCACCCUGCGAGACCUACCAGCUCAAGUGGCAGCAGUUGUUCAGCCCUCACCUGCAGCCGGCGAUUCACUUCAGGCACUCGCAUCUGCAUUCCUCCUCCAGCUUGAGACCGACAAGCCUGCCCCUGUCUUCGUUAGAACCUCUUCAGUGAUGUUGAUGAGAUUCGCUAUCAUAUGCACGACGUACAAGUCUAUUUCCUUCCUAACUUGCUAG